UUAAAAAAAAACAUAUAAUAAUAUCCUCCACCUGAGAGACGUUCCUGCAUUUUCUCGGGAAAAUGCCAUUAGCAUAUCAUGGAUCGAGAAAAAUAAUUACCCUUCUGUUGCUCUCUGCAUAAAGAUCGAUCUCUCUGUUCCAAAGGUUUUACAUUUACUACUAACAAUUGACAAAGAAAGUGACCAUUCUCCUUUUCCUGAUCUCUAAUUUUUUUGGGGCGUGGUUGUGGAUCUAGGGCAUUUUGUGUCCCAAUCUCAAAUUAUCAAUCUGCUAUGACGGAGUUCUAGGGUUUUGGUGCCUCUUUUCGCUCGAAACUGUUGCAAUGUUUAAGCAAUUUCUCAGUAAACUUCCUCGGAAGUCAUCGAAAUCCGACUCCGUUGGUACGCCGAGGAGUAGUUCUCGCAAUAGCUCGUCCCCCAGUGGCGGUCGGUUACAACGUACAAGAAGUGAUAGUGGGGUUUCUUCUACCCGGGCCAACGCUGCAAAACGGACAUCAUCAUCAGUGUUUCCAUCGAGUGUUGUGGUUGGAACUGAGCAUUUGUUAGCCUUCAAAGAUGUUCCCAAUUCAGAGAAAUUGAAUCUCUUUAUCAGUAAGUUGAGUCUCUGUUGUGUGGUUCUUGACUUCACUGACCCAAAUAAGGAUAUAGAAGAGAAAGAUCUUAAACGUUUAACAUUGAUUGAGCUCUAUGAUUUUGUUGCUUCUGCUCCUCCUAAGUUUACAGAACCAGCAAUUGUUGCUAUGUGUAAAAUGUGUGUUAAUAAUUUGUUUAGGGUUUUUCCACCUAAUAAUCAGUCUAACCCAAGUGGUGGUGAAAAUGAGGAUGAUGAACCAAUGUUUGAUCCAGCUUGGUCACACUUACAAGUUGUGUAUGAUCUAUUGCUUAAAUUUGUGACUUCUCCUUCCCUAGAAGCAAAGAUAGCGAAAAAGUAUAUAAACCAUUCGUUUAUUUUGAAUUUGCUUGACCUCUUUGAUUCCGAGGAUCCUAGAGAAAGAGAAUGCUUGAAAACUAUUCUGCACCGGAUUUACGGGAAGUUCAUGGUUCACAGGCCUUUUAUCCGGAAGAGCAUUGGUAAUGUCUUUUAUUGCUUUAUAUUUGAAACCGAGCGACAUAAUGGAGUUGCUGAAUUGUUGGAGAUUUUCGGGAGUGUAAUUAGUGGGUUCGCGUUACCUUUGAAGGAGGAGCACAAGAUCUUCUUGUGGAGGGCUUUGAUUCCUCUACAUAAGCCCAAAUCUUUGGGAGCGUAUUUUCAACAAUUGUCUUUUUGUAUUACACAGUUUAUAGAGAAGGAGCCAAAAUUAGCUAGCACUGUGGUAAGGGGGUUGUUGAAAUAUUGGCCAAUUACGAAUAGCCAAAAGGAGGUGAUGAUACUUGCCGAGUUGGAAGAGAUUCUGGAAGGAAUUAACAUGGGAGAGUUCCAAAAGGUCAUGGUUCCAUUAUUCUGGCGGAUUGGGUAUUGCAUCAACAGUUCCCACUUUCAGGUGGCUGAAAGGGCACUAUUCUUAUGGAAUAGUGACCAAAUUGUGAACCUUAUUGCGCAUAAUCGGCGUGUUAUCCUACCAAUCAUAUUCCCAGCACUGGAAAAGAAUGCUCGGAGCCAUUGGAACGCUUCAGUGCUCAACUCAACUCUAAAUGUGAGGCAGAUGUUCACAGAGAUGGAUGAAGAGCUGUUCCUGGCUUGCCAUGCCCAUUUUGAGGAGGAACAAGCGAGUCUAAGCUUGGUGGCAGAGAAGCAGAAGCAAACUUGGGAGCGAUUAGAGAAUGCAGCCAGCCUCCAGCCAGUAACAGGAAAAACUGCUGUUCUGGUAACCCCCUCCAUUACCCGCAAUGUGUCAUUUUAGUCUGUGCUUGCUUAGGCUCUUUUUCUUUCGUAAUUUCACUAUUUAGUCCUUUUCUUUUGGGUGGUGGAGAAAAACAAACUACAUGAAAUUUAUGGGUAUGUAUAGCUGUUAUCUGGGGAAAACUUGUUCACUUUUGCCAAUGAUGGUCCAGUGACAGCCUGUUGUAACUUCUUUGAUUCCACCUGUUUCAUCAUUUAGGGGAGUUCGAUUUCCUUGAAUGAAAGGGCCAUCUAGUGGAUUACAUAA